AAUAAAUAGGUUAGUCUCUAAGGUGCCACAAAUAUUCCUUACCUUGUAUUAGUUACUGCAUGUUAGCUGACAUGAGUUAACAUUACCCCUUUUGCUAGGGAAUACACAUCCAACUUGCCAUGAGUAACUUGAGCACAGAUAACUUGAAUAAUCUCUGUGAAGACAUACCCUAGGGGAAGCUUAGGCUGUCACGUGGCCUGCUAACAUGUCUUCGUAUGUUAGUUGGCAUCUUGUUGAGUAUUGACAUCUUUUCAGUCAUGUUAAGACAACACAAUUGAAAACCAGACCCGUUUUCCUUCUCCAUGGGGUCGUUUCUUUAUGAGCAGAUCUUGGAUGGUAUAUCCGUAUAUAUGUGUAUUUACCUAUGUUAGGUACAUAGGUCACAAUAUCUGAGAGCUUUUAAAACAUUAAUGACUCUUUUCCACACAGCUCUCGUAUGAGGUAGGAAAGUUUCAUCCAUAUUUUCUAUGUGGCGACUGAGGUACAGAGAGACUGACUUUCCUGAGGUCGCACAUGGAGUCUGGGUGGCUAAGCUGCAAAUUGAAGCCAGGUCUUCAGAGUAGCUGUCCUGUGCCUAACCACAAGACUAUCUUCCCUUCCCUAUGUCCUGCACAUUCUAGUCAAAUUUAUUUAUGCCUCUGUCCUCACUGAGGUGAAAUCGUCGAAAUUUUACUUUUAAACUUUUUAUUCUGUCUACUUUCUGAAAACUUAUUUCAGUUUUGCAAAUGUUUAUUUGAAAAGCUUUUUCAGCUGGGCACGGUUAGAUUUUUUGAUCAAAUAUUUUAAAAUUGUUUCUCGAAUGUAACUGCUUCUGUUAAAUCCUUCAGGAUGAUUCUUGGCUCUUUCUCAGAUUAGUAAGUAAUAUAUAAGAGUUCUGCACAGUUAGUUCUGUUUUAUUAAAUGCGUUUUAUACACCUGUGUAUGUACUCAAGCAGCUUCCCCAGUACUAAUCAACUAACAAAAUCCUUAGGACUGUGUUUAAAGCCAUUGUAUGUCAUUUUCCAUACUUAAAAAAUGUUAAAGAAUUAAGAAAUUCUUGAAUUAAGAAAUGAAAUGAUUUAAAUCUAAAAUAUAUGAAACAAUUUACAUUUUUAGGAGGGAAUGAGUUUGCAUAGCUUCUAAGUCAUGAGGGGAAAGGUGAAGGAUUUUACCUUUUAAAUAAAGCAGGAGCUGACAGUAAACUCUCUUAAAUUUUUACACACAUUUUCUGGUUCACUAUUUAAGAAUAUUUCUCUUCUCUAACCCUGGGAGUGUUCAUAAAUGUUAAUUUUUAUCUUGGAACUUGUCUCAAAUGUGAGACGACACUUUGUGAGUGUAAAGUAAUGGUGUCUGAAGAUGGGUAGAGGUUUAGGAGACCCAACCGUAUGACCAUGUGACCUGCUUCAUGGAUUUAACAUAAGUCAUGUUACAACAAUUUCACUCUUACCCUAAAUUGACUUAUUGUGGUCCAUUCCAAUUCUGUUUUAGAAAGUCAAACUGUCGCAGUGCUUUAUGUUCUUCUUGAAAUGUGGGCUAUGCCCACAAUAGGUAUCUCUAUAAUUGCACUGUUUUUCACAAGAAUUUCUUUUGAAUGCUAUUGGGGUGAGAAUUUGUGGUGGAUGGAAGGUAGGAGUGGGGACUUCUAAAUCCCAUGCCCAACCUUAAAAAUGUUUAAAAUUGAAACUACUACCCAGAAAAGUUUAAUAAGGCUAUUACUGACCCUGACCCAAACAGUGAAUGUUGGGUAAUGAAUCAAACAUGCUCAAAGAUAAGGAAGAAUUAGGUUGAGUCAUGGAAACAGUUUCUAGCUUUAGAAUAUUCUACUUUAGCUUCUUUGGGGAAAUAAUAUGUGAACUGCAUUAUUCAUUGCUGAAAACUUACCUGAUUUUAGUGUUUUUUCUUAAAGCUCCAGCUUCCAGAGUCUUACUACUGCAUGGGAAUCGUGACUUUCAUUUUUUGAAAAGUUAGACUCUUAGCUCACAUAACUUCCAAGAAAACCUGGACAAGGUGAACCCUAAAAGUUUUAAAAAACCAAAACAAAACAGAAGGCAAAUCAAAACAAUUGUUUGAAGAAUAGAAGAAUGCUUUCCACUGAGAAUAGCACUAACACUGCUGAUACACGAUGCCUUUAAGCGAGAAGAAUAGUGUGGUUUUUGCAUAUGAGUCUUCGGUACACAGUACCAAUGUUCUACUCCGUCUCAAUGAUCAGAGAAAGCAAGAUUUUCUUUGUGAUGUUACUAUUCUAGUGGAAGAUCAACGAUUUCGGGCUCAUCGGUCUGUGCUUGCAGCUUGCAGCAGCUAUCUUCUUUCAAGAAUUGUGGGACAGUUGGAUGCUGAUCUUCUCAUCACUUUACCAGAAGAGGUGACACUUAAAGGAUUUGCUCCUUUGCUUCAGUUUGCAUAUACUGCCAAACUUAUUUUAAAUAAAGACAAUGUGUCUGAAGUUUGCAAGUGUGCAAAAUUUUUGGGAGUACAUAACAUUGAAGAAUCUUGCUUCCAGUUUCUCAAAUUCAAGUUUUUGGACUGUAAAGCAGACCAGCAGGAAUGCCCUAGAAAGAAAUGUUGUACCUCACGCUGUGAGAAAGCAAACGUUCAUGUUGCCCUUGUGGAUGAUGGGGGCCUAGAAAUAGAUGACGAAGUGGAGGAAUUGUUGGAAACUGAAUACACUGCAACUCCUAAUUCAAAGCUCAGCAAAGGUGAAGAAAAUGCAAAAGUAUCUCCUCAUCUCCAAGAUAAUACCAAUCAAACAUGCGAUCCUGCAUAUUUAGAAAAAGAUAAUAUUUCUGGUUUGUUUUCCCUAUGCCCAAAAUAUAGGAAGUUCCAGAAAGCUUUUGGGAGUGACAAAGUCCAUACUGCAGAGAUUGGUUCCAGUAUUAAAGAUGAUCAGGUAACAUCAGCUACAUCCAUUCAUCAGAGUGAAUCAUUUAAUGAUGCCAUACAAAAAGCUCAGGAGUGCACAGCUGUGCAGCUGGUCUCACAAUGUGAAGAGACUCAGGUAGAAAUGGAAGAGGGGGAGAAAGAAGAGGAAUUGAAGAGAGAAUCUGUGUCUCAGAGUAUCUCAUAUCCUAUGGAGAAAGCAGAUGUUGCUUCUUUUCCCCAAAAUUUUUCUGUUGCACCUCAUGAACUUUAUUCUGCACCUUUUCUAAAUGCAUAUGAGCAAUACAGCAACUUGAAUUUCAGUAGUAUGCAAAACACAGUUGUAGCUGAAAAAACUGUGACAGGUACUGUAGUUAGGAAUGAUAAACCAGUCAGUGAAAAUCAAGAUGAUUCGCUUUUGAAGUCUGAUUUGUGCACUCGAGAAGACAUAAGCAUUACAUCAACUAGUGACCGAAGCAGUGUGGAAAGAGAGGUAGCUGAACACCUAGCAAAAGGUUUCUGGAGUGAUAUUUACAAUACAGAGACUGCUUGUCAAAUGCGUUUGUCACCUGCAACAGCAAAAGAAUGCUCAGAACCAGUAUAUUCAGGAAAAAAGUCGGAGUGCCCAUGGUUAGGUAUCAGUCUCAGUGAGAGCCCUGAACCUUGUUCUCAAAGAACUUUUACAACUCUGAACUCUGUCAACUGCCCAUUUAUAAGUAAUCUUGGUACUGAAGUAUGCUCAAACAGCCCAGAGAUAAAUAGUGGAGAUUAUAUCCAGGAACCACAACAAGAACAAUGUCCAUAUACUUGUGUGAUAAGUUUGGGAGAAGACUCUGAAACUGACACUGAGGGAGACAGUGAGUCAUGUUCAGCAAGAGAACAGGAAUGUGAGGUAAAACUGCCAUUUAAUUCACAAAGGAUCAUUUCACUUUCUAGAAAUGACUUUCAGUCAUUUCUGAAAAUGCACAAAUUGACUCCUGAACAGCUGGAUUGUAUCCAUGAUAUCCGAAGACGAAGUAAAAAUAGAAUUGCUGCACAGCGCUGUCGUAAGAGAAAACUCGACUGCAUACAGAAUCUUGAAUCUGAAAUUGAAAAACUGCAAAAUGAAAAGGCGAGCUUGCUAAAGGAGCGAGAUCACAUUUUGUCAACGUUGGGAGAGACAAAGCAGAAUCUGACUGGACUUUGCCAGCAAGUAUGUAAGGAAGCAGCAUUGAGUCGUGAGCAAAUACAGAUACUUGCAAAGUAUUCCACCUUGGAUUGUCCACUUUCACUUUUAAUUUCUGAGAGAGAACGAACAGCUCUUGAUGGCAAGCCUGUGAUCCCAUUGUGUAUAGAAUUACCAAGUGGGCUUUCAGGUGCUGUGUCGGCCAGUGAACAGAGUUCUUGCUAUCCAUGUGUAAGAGGCACAUCUGAUACUGCUUAUAAUCAAGUGCAGGAACUCUGUCCAAUUUCUAUGAAAACAUCGGAGAAAACUUUACUUGUGGAACAAUGUGGACAGGGUGGUGGUAUCACAGAUUUCUGUCAGCAGAUGACUGACAAAUGCACUACAGAUGAAUAAAUCUGUUUUGUGAUUGCCAACCUCAGUCUUAUGGGAUUUAAAGUAAGGGUUUUAGCAUUAUUAUAAAAUGCCUUAAGUGAAGGGAAAGGCAAAACUUUAUAUUUUGCAAGUGCAUUAACUAGUAUCUGUCCAUCUACAUUACUCAGCAGACCUUUGGCUUUGUUUUAUGUAAUUUCGGGGCAUAAUAUUUUACAUCACUGUAAGAAAUGCGUCCAUCUCUAAAAGCUUGUACGAGCGCUCAGCCCUUUAGUGCAAACAAAUGGGAUUACUUAUAGUUGGAUUAGGAUACCAGCAUCAUGAUGACUAGUGGAGUACUAGAACUACUUUCCUGAUUUUGUGGCAUCUGGACCCCAGAUACUUUCAAAAAUCUAUUCUUGUUGUACAAUGACUUGCUAGCAGAUGAUCUUAUGCUUCCCUGUAAAAUGUCUCAUAUGAGGGUCAGAAAACAAAGUAUUUUGAAAGACUAGGAUGGCUUAUAAAUGUUACAGUCAUUGGGACCAGUGAGGAUGUGUUUGAAAAUAACUUUUAAUCAGGUUACCUUUAUGGGUAAACAUAACUUUCAGUGCAUUUUCAAUGGCUUGUACUUUAAUUCUAACCUUUUACAAGUAUAAAAAGAAAAUGAGCCAGUUGGGUUUUGUUCAUUACUUAUUUUGUAAAGAAUAAACCCAAUCUUUAAAAUAAGACAAAUGGGGGGGGGGGGGGGAAUAAUCCCUGCUGUAGGGUUUUUUUGUUUUGCCUUGUGUUAGAGGCAAAUUGUGUACAAAUAUUCCCUCAUUGCUUAGCUGCUGUUCUGAUACCAGACAUUUUAAGUACCGAACCUCACAAUUGAAAAAAAAUUCACUUUGCUGGUUUACAUAACAAAACAUAGAAGAAUCUUGUACAAGCCAAUGGAAUUCAUUUUCUACCUCAGUGUACAUUAACUUUUUUAUCUUGGUGUGCAUGUAUGGAAGAUCAUCUUUUGCUCCAAUUGCGACUGUAAAUAUUGGCUUUGCAGGUUUAUCUUAUUUUAUGGUGAGACAGAAUUUUUGCCUCCAGGAUACUAAAACAUAACCCUUUCUGAUAAGGUGCUUGGUUUAAGCUCUCUCUAUAUAGAUAAUUUAGCAUUAAUAAGAUUUAUAUUAUAAAAGUGUAUUAUGAACCAUUGGCCAAAUAUAAAAGAGUUGACAAAUCUCAACAGUACUUCUAAUAACCAGAUGUAAUACAAGUAAAUACACUACCUCAUAUCCAGGUGAUUUCAAGUUCAUUCAGCUCUAUAGUGAUAGAUUUGUUUUUUCAAGACUAAUUUUUUAGUGUUGCAUAGCAUUGUGAUAUGCAAGUUUAAAAUAACUGAACUUUAGAAAAAAGUACUACUCCAAUACAACUUGAUGUUGUGGGUAUCUUUUCCCUUCAGAUUAUUGAGAGGAGACUUUUUAAAUGACUAGCAUUUAUAUUUUGUGACUUUAUAAUGUAUUUACUUAUGAAGAUCACGCUAUCUCUUCUCCAGCAACCCACUAGCCCUCUUAUCCUAAUGCCCCAUGAUUAGUCAGUUUUGCCACCACAUUUUUCUACUUACAUUAACAACUUAGGGCCCUUUCUAAAGUACAUUCUAAAGUAGGUCAUAUUCUAAAAUGGCAUAAUACAAUGAAUUGAGACUAAAUCAUGGGUUUGCAACUUCAUAGUCACAUUUUUAUCAAUAGGAAUGAUCUAUUUUUUUAAAGCCCUUUGGUUGGGCUAUCUGGGGCUGGCCAGGGUCUUGCGCAUAUCUAGUGGGCCAAAACGCCAACUGUUGGGACUGGGGGUCAGCAGUGACCACCACUUAAGUCCUAAGGCUAGAAUAGCCACCACAGAGGUGUUGUGCUACAUUGCUGCCACCUGUUCAUAGGUUGGUGUCUGAAUUCUAUCCCACAAACCCCCAGGAUUCCCAGUGCAAAACCAACAGCUCUGGUUUUGUGUGUAGUAUGAUGAAAUUCAUCCUGUGUGCUUAAACUUCAACAUUUUCUAAUACCAGCCUGGUUUGAAAAGUUUGAGGUAGUUCAUUGCCUAACCAGCUGCAUCUAAAUACAUUUUUGAUUAUUUAAUACAAUAGACCUACAGGUUGCAUGUGGACUUCUAUAGGCUACAUCAUCAACUUGCUAAAGUUAAGAAUGAAUGGCAAUUUUAUGAUAUAGGAUUCUCAGGUAAAUAUUGUUUCAGUUGAAAUACUCAAUUUUGAACUUGUAAAAAUACUUUAAGGCAUGUUUAAAAAUACCUUUUAAAUUUGUUGGGCAAGAUAUUGUAAAGCCUUAUCAGUAAAAUGGCAUACAGAAUGUAAAAAUGAAAUAAUUACAACUGAUUUUGUAUCUUUCAUAAUCCAGUAUUUUCUAAAAAUACAAUAAAAGCUAAUGUCCUUUCUAAAAA